AUGGUAUGUGGUCCCGUAAAUACUAUACAUCAUGACUACAAGAGCUUAGUUUUAAUAGAAGAAGCUAGAGCUAUAAUCGGUUGGGACAGAAUAAAAGAUUAUAUUAGAGAUGAAAAUUAUUCAAGAAGCCAAAAUGAUAAAUCCCCAAGCCUAAAUCCUUUAAAGAACAUCAAGACAGAGGACAUGAAUAUUCUCAAGACAUCUUAUGAAAAAUUUACACCAUAUGUUAGAGCUCUUUUAAUAGCUAUUACCUGCCUUCAAUUGUUAUGGGAUGUGAUGUUAGUUUCAACAAUAAUAUAUUACCACAUUAUGGUUGAAAAGUUCAUCAGUGGUGUCAUUGCUGUCUUAACGUGGUUUGUUACCUACAGAGUAUGGUAUACAUUACCAAAAGUUUUACCUAAUUUGCCUGGACAUGGCCUAUUUAAGUACAACAGUGAUAAGCCUGUACAUAAUGUGAUGAAUAAAAAAAGGCCAAGCUCUACUAAUACAAAACAUUUUAUGGGAAUGCCCAUAAAUAAAACUCAAGACAAUGACUUAAAUGAGGAUGGAAGAUAA